AAAAGUGUUAAGACUCACAUGAGAAUUCACACUGGAGAGAAGCCGUUUGUUUGUGAUCAGUGUGCAGAGAGUUUCAGAUAUAAAUAAUGCUUUGAUCAUCACAUGAGGACUCACUCAGGAGAGAACUGUAUUACAUGUCAUAAGUGUGCAACGAGUUUCACAGACAGGGAUCAUCUUAAGAAUCAUGUAAAAAUUCACAUCGGAGAGAAGCCUUACAUGUGCCAUGACUGUGGAAAGACUUUCACAAACAGAGCAAACUUUGAGUUUCACAUGAGAAUUCACACUGGAGAGAAGCCAUUCACCUGCCCUCAGUGUGGAAAGAGCUUCACGAUGAAAGAUCAGCUUAAGAUUCACAUGAGAGUUCACACUGGAGAGAAGCCAUUCAAGUGUCUUCAGUGUGAAAAGAGCUUCAAGACGAAAGGAAACCUUAAGAUGCACAUCAUGAGAGUUCACACUGAAAAGAAGCCUUACUCCUGCAAAGUGUGUGGGAAGAGUUUCUCACAUAAAGAAAUUUUAACGACUCACAUGACAAUUCACACUGGAGAGAAGCCUUUCACCUGCCCUCAGUGUGGAAAGAGCUUCAUGAUGAAAGAUCAGCUUAAGGUUCACAUGAGAGUUCACACUGGAGAAAAGCCUUUUACCUGCCAAGAGUGUGGAAAGAGCUUCACGAUGAAAGAUCAGCUUAAGAUUCACAUGAGAAUUCACACUGGAGAGAAGCCAUACAAGUGUCUUCAGUGUGAAAAGAGCUUCACAACGAAAAAUCAGCUUAAGAUUCACAUGAGAGUUCACACUGGAGAGAAGCCUUACAAGUGUCUUCAGUGUGAAAAGAGCUUCACGACGAAAGGAAACCUUAAGAUGCACAUCAUGAGAGUUCAUACUUGAGAGAAACGUUUCACCUGCCCUCAAUGUGGAAAGAGUUUUACAGUGUAAGGAAAUCUUAAGAUUCACAUGAGAAUUCACACUGGUGAGAAGCCUUACAAGUGUCUUCAAUGUAAAAAGAGUUUCAAAUGUCACAUACUCCUGGAACAGCAUUUGCAAACUAGGAACUAGGGACUUUGGGGUGGUACUCGAUGUUUCGACUGCAGGGACCAGGGUCUAAUGAAGUAAAAAAAAAAAAUCCUACUCAGAAAGUCCCUGCUCAUGAGGUAGUACUUUUCCAAAGUUCUGGAACUUUCUGAGGUGGAACUUGGGCACUGAACAUGCUGAUUGGUUGAGUUCACACAGUAUUUUAUUUCAACCACCAUUUUCAAAGGGUAAAUAACACACUGUAACGUGUAUGUUUUCUGUGAUUAGUUUGCCUAAUCGUCUGACCUAGUUUUCCUGAGUUGUCUAAUUGGUCAUUCCCUUCACCUGUGUCCUGUUAAUCACCUUGUUGAGGUCCUGUUUGCUUCAUGUAUUUAUACCCUCUGUUCUCCCUCAUUCCUCAUCCAUUCUUGUCAAUGUUAGAUGUGUUAGUGUGAGUGUCCUGAGUUUUGUCAUUAAAUUCUAUUAUCAUUGUU